AUGGAGAAGAACCUGGUUCCCAAGGCAGACAACAGUGACUCAAGUGGUGAUGAUGCUAACAUGGCCUAUUUGACAAGGAGGUUUCAGAAAAUGGUUCACAGAAAUGGAGGAUAUUUCAUCAAAGAUUUUCCUCUCUACAAGCAAGACCCGUACAAGCACAACACAGAUAAAACAGCCGAGAGGAACCGGGUUUCCAACAGGAAAUUCAAGAGAAAAAAUGCCGCUGACAAUGUUUCUGACGAGGAUGAAGAUGAUAAUGAUGAUGAGGGAGCAGUGAAUGGAAGCAACCAAAGAUGGAAUAUAGAUAGCAGCUACUCUAAACAUAUGACUGGAAGUACUGAUAAUUUCCGUUCACUCAAAGCCCUGAAAGGUAGGAGUGUGUCCUUUGGCAACGGUAAAAACGGAUACAUCCUGGGAGUUGGAAGAGUUGGGAAGACACUUACUCACUCAAUUGAGAAUGUGUAUUAUGUGAAUGUGGGGGAUCUUACAUGUUUGAGUGCUAUUGAUGAUGAUGUUGAACUGUGGCACAGAAGAUUGGGACAUGCAAGCUUCUCCUUGCUGAACAAGCUAGUUAAGAAGGACCUGGUCCGUGGGCUGCCAAAGUCAAGGUUCAAGGAUCACAGAGUGUGUGAUGCAUGUGUAAAAGGAAAGCAAGUUAGGUCCUCCUUCAAGCCAAAAAAGGGAAGUAAGCACCACAAGUCCACUGGAUCUUCUUCAAAUGGAUUUGUGUGGACCUGUGAGAGUGCCUAG